AUGGACAGCUGGAUGCAGGAAGUGGUGUCGAUGAUGGCAGGCGACGGUACGCCGGCAAGGAUCAAGCAGGAACUAAUCGAAACCUCAUGCUGCAGCCCUUCACCCUCGUCAGUGGGCAGCCUUUCCCAGACCAACCUGCUGUACGGCAGCUCUCCGAAGAUGGACUUCAAAUGUGGCGGCAGCAAUAACAAUGACACGCACCUCACCGAGCUGCACGGUGCGGGAGGACACGGCAGCGGGGGUGGCACAAAUGGUGCCGGAAAACCGCAGUCUCCCGGUUCGCCAGAUCGGCAGUUCUGCAGCUCGACCACCUCGGCGAUCGGAGACUUUGGCAGUGAUGGCACAAACCAUGACACGAUCAAGGAAGAGAUCCCUCGGCGGUUGUGUCUGGUGUGUGGGGACGUUGCAAGCGGGUUCCACUACGGUGUGGCCAGUUGCGAGGCGUGCAAAGCAUUUUUCAAACGUACCAUUCAAGGAAAUAUCGAAUACACCUGCCCGGCGAGCAACGACUGUGAAAUUAACAAGCGGCGCCGGAAGGCAUGCCAGGCGUGCCGGUUCCGAAAGUGCCUGCAAAUGGGCAUGCUCAAGGAGGGCGUCCGAUUGGACCGGGUACGAGGAGGCCGACAGAAGUACCGACGCAACCCGUGCGCCAACCCGUACCAGCUGCAACUGAUCCAGUCCAACCAGCAGUACACGUCCCAAACGCUGGAGGACAUCAAGAUCCUGGAAGUAUUAUCCUCGUUCGAGCCGGACCCGCUCUCGAUCGGCAACGGGGCCGAUCUGAUGGGUGGCGGGGACGAGCGAAAUGGUGGCCACACGGCGGGUCCGGCACACUCUUCGAACUCCUCGUUUUCGUCGGCUUCGUCGUCCUCGUCGUCGACAACCAGCAGCACGGGUAGCCACUCGCCCGGUGGUUCCGCGACGGUUCCGGGCACCGAUUCCGGCCUGGAUCGGAUGGCGGUCGGUGGUGACGCUCAGGAGAUCCUGAGCAUCCUGAGUGAUAUUUACGAUAAGGAGCUGGUCGGUGUGAUUGGGUGGGCGAAACAGAUACCGGGCUUCUCCGAUCUGCCGCUGAACGAUCAGAUGCGGCUGUUGCAGGUGAGCUGGGCCGAAUUGCUGACGCUUAUGCUCGCGUACCGCUCGAUCCCGUUUAAUGGGCGGCUAUGCUUCGCCACUGACUUCUGGCUCGACGAACGAUCGGCGAAGGAGUGCGGCGCCCUUGAUCUCUAUAAUCAUCUCGCACAAAUCACCCAACGAUUGGAAAAGAUCUCGGCCACCAAGGAGGAGUACUACCUGCUGAAGGCUCUGUCCCUAUCAAAUUGUGAUAUCAGACUGGAUAACUACAGCGCGCUGAAGAAGAUCCGCGAUUCGAUACUGUACGCGCUGAACGAUUGCGUGCUGUUGCUGAGGCAACAUCAGGCGGUGUCGCAUCAGCAACAGUUGCUGCUAUUGUUGCCGUCGUUGCGGCAGGCGGACCACAUCAUCCGCAAAUUCUGGACGAACGUGCAUAUCGAGGGUAACGUGACGAUGAACAAGCUGUUCGUGGAAAUGCUGGAGUCUGUCUCGCGAUAAGGUACCAGCCACAGGCUCGAGAGGGCUCGUUCCGGCGAGCGGACAUUGUAGCUCGUCGGAUCCGGCCGUAGCUGGAAAAUGGCGCAAUAGUAACGUAGUCGCGACCAGCGGAUGGUGGGCAAUGAUUUCGUGAAAUG